AUGCCUACCAAAAGUCCUGGUCCCUUACCAACUACUGGUUCAGGCUCCUUCGCCAGUGUUAGUUCAGGGCCUGCAACUGGUAUCACUUCAGGUACAGGUCCCUUGACUACUUUAACUGGCUCCGGACCUCUACCAACUACUGGUUCUAGUUCUUUACCGGUUGCUACUUCAGGUCCCUUGCCUACUACUGGCCCUGGCUCUCUACCAACCACUGGUUCUGGUCCUUUUCCGGUUGCUAGUUCUGGUCCGUUACCUGCUGCUGGUUCAGGGACUUUGCCGACUGUUGGUUCAGGUGCCACAACCACGUGUGCAGGAUCAGCGACCGGUGGUUCAGUUCCGGACCACACCCUGGUUUUCUUUAUGCACGAUAUACUCGGUGGCUCAAAUCCAACAGCAAGAGCUGUGACUGGAGUCGUUGCAAACGCGGCUCUCAGUGGCCAGCUUCCAUUUUCCAAGCCCAAUGGCGCAAACCUCCCUGUCAACAACGGCGUUCCAUCAAACAAUAACAAUAACGGAAUCCUAAACAACAACAACGUCCCGCUUCUCGUCGGGCUGGGCGGAACCACUUCCAGCAUUCUACAGAACAACGGUAACAACCUCUUGAACGGUCUCCCCGUAGCUAAUGGUGGUCAGCUCCCAUCGGGCUCAUCUCUUCAGAUGCUCAUGUUUGGAACAAUGACGGUGAUGGACAACGAACUAACAGAAGGGCAUGAACUCGGGUCAGGUCUGCUUGGCAAAGCCAGGGCUUCUACGUGGCGAGUUCUGUUGAUGGAACCAGCCAGACCAUGGCUUUCACGGCCAUGUUUGAGAGUGGUGGUUAUGAAGAUAGCAUAA